AUGACUAAAAACACAAAUAUCUUCUUGAUCAUUGCUUUGAUCUUUAGCUUGUUUCUCUCCUCUUCAAUUGGAGCUCCGUCACCAACACUCAGAAAACGUGCAACUUGGCCACAACUCGUAGCACGCGCAAGUUAUAGAACGUCAAACACUUCUCUUUUCGGCGAGUUCACAUUUAGUCAACUCUCAGAGCAAUUCACUCGUGUGCUCGGACAAAUCAACUCCGGAUUCAAUGAUACAAAUACAACCGACUACAAAUUCUUAAUUACUGGCAAUAAAAACGGAACUGAUGUAAUCAAGGUUUUGAACCCAAAUUUCACUGUUAAUGCACCACCAGGAGGCUCGUCAGCGAUCCAAAUGGACAUCCCAGAUAUCGCACUUCAACCUAAUUUAACUAUUAAAAAUAAUUCGGGUGUUGCGACGGAUGUUCAUGACAAAUUCCUUAGUAUAGUUAAUAAAAAUACUUUAUUGGGAAGUGCACCAAUUCAAAUUGAACAAUAA